CAUUACGUUACCGAAGACCAGCACGGCGCCAGUGCUCGAAAGGACAUUUGUGCAAUAACUACAGAGGCGCCAUCAGAGGAGGCUUUGCAAGCCUUCCUGGAUAGCAAAGCUCUCUUGAGCUUGGCGGGCACUGGUGAUUCACGCAGUGCCAUUCCCAUCAUUCAGGCGGUUGCUUCGCUGGAUAAGACGACAGACAGAACCACGAUGACGCUCGAAGAACUUCAACAAGCAGACGUCGAAAAGGCGGCCUACAAUGACAGAAUGUUUCAGGCAAUCAGCAACAUGGCAACCACGUAUAAGGAAUCUAUUGAAUUGAUAGCCAGUGCGAUGAAUGCGCUCAUGUCAUACGGUUCAGAAAACUCCCUGAACUUAGAUAUGAAUGCGAUUGAGCUGGCCACGUACCUGCUGGAAUCACUGUCCAAAUCUGCCGCAGAUGCUGACUACUCUACUGCAGAUGAAAUGCUGGACUUAUUAAAGAAUGUAAUGGCAAGUGCAUCGAUCUCGAAAGACCAUUUGGCAGUGAGCACUACCAGUGAGUCUUGCGAGGACAUUCCGCUGGCAGACCUCGACAAGGCACCGUUUUUGCCCAUCGACACCGCACAAGACUAUGAGUCCAUAUCGGAAAAUCUUAGCCUUGAACAAGAACAGAAAUGCAACGUAAGGGACAUUGCCAGAGGGAAGACGUCAGGUUUGGAUGAUCGCAUUGAUAUAGCGGUUCAAAACAUUCAGGGCGCAGUCAUGCAGCGGAUGGUCCUUGAUGAGGAGGUCGAGGUACCUCUCCCCAAAGGAGGAGCCACAAAAAUGGCAAUAAAGAAGAGUCUUAGCGGAAUGAACGAAACUGUCGGCCAAGCAACAAUAGCGUGGCCAUCAAACAUGACCAUCAACGAUAACAAACCAAUUGCUGUGUCUGCUACAGACAAUGCCAAGAACUCAAAAACGACAGCGACUGGAGCUAGCAGCAUUUCAGUCACAUCACGUGUGCUAGCCCUAAAUGUUUUCGAUCGCAAUCUCAAGCCAGUAACAGUCGCCAAUAUUUCGAGCGGAAUACUGAUGAGGAUUUCUCAAACGUACAACAACGCAACUAAUCGGAAUUGUACAGACUGUCCAGCGCCACCUACUCAAAUCAUUUCUGCUGAUGCUCUGAAAGGAAAGGUGAACCCUGUCGUCUAUUCAACCAUCAAUAUAUCGAAACCGCAUAGCGCAUUCAAUAUAGAGCUAACGGCAUACAAUGGUCCUGUCAACGACGUAUUCGUGAUGAUCAGCUUUGGUCACAUGCCGACACUACGCAACCACUCUUUACUGAAGAUGGUCACAGAGUUCCCUUACGAGGAAGCUCUUGAACCAGACGACAUCAAUGCUACAGCAAAAUAUCGAUGGUUUGUUUCCGCAGACUGGGUCAACGAUCGCCGUGGUGCAGUGUACGUGGGCGUAGGCCAGUUCAACUCAUCCAGUGCGAAGUACAAUGCCACGAUCGCCAGUCUCAGCACCGGAGGCAAUUCACUCAGCGACGUCAAAAGUAGGGAAGUACUACGAACUGAGUUCACCAUGAGUGAGUACACCUUGCAGACAUACACGUCUUCAUGCUCUUUCUACGACGAAGAAUUGAAGAUGUGGUCGAGUGAGGGCUUGCGAGUGGCGGAGGCAGACCUACGCUCUAUCACAUGCAACAGUUCCCACUUGACAUCGUUCGCUUCAGGCUUGUUUGUGCAGCCUAAUACGAUUGACUUUGCCUACGUAUUUGCGAAUGCUUCUUUCACGGACAACCUGACGAUCUACAUGACGCUCAUAAUCCUUCUCGUUUUAUAUCUUCUGCUGCUAAUUUGGGCAAGAUGGCAGGACAAGAAAGAUGUUGAAAAGCUCGGAGCUUUUCCUCUACCAGACAACAAGGUGGAGCACAAGUACCUGUACGAAAUCAUGGUGUUCACUGGACACAAGGCAGAUGCAGCAACAGAUUCAACGGUAUCAUUUGUACUGACCGGCGACGAUUACGACAGCGGAAAACGCACGUUUGGAAAGCCAAAACGACGAUUUUUCAGAAAAGGUGGACAAGAUGCCUUUGUCAUGUCGGUGCCUUGUUAUCUCGGGGAUCUCAAGUAUCUUCGCAUCUGGCACGACAACUCAGGCAAGGGACGCUUCGCCUCAUGGUAUCUGCAGUAUAUCCUGGUUCGCAAUGUUCAAACAGGAGAGAUGACCACAUUUGUCUGCAACGAAUGGCUUGCGGUCGAGUACGACGAUGGCCUUAUCGACCGUUUGAUCCCGGUAGCCGGCAAAGAACAAAUGCGAGACUUCGCCACCGUGUUUCCCCACCAGUCUCAGCAGUCACUGUCCGACGGACACCUCUGGUUCUCCGUGUUCCUUCGACCGCCUCGCUCGCGCUUCACUCGGAUGCAGAGAGUCUCGUGCUGCUUCGCCCUGCUGUUCUUGUCAAUGAUGGUGAACGCCAUGUGGUACGAACGCGUGCCUUCGAAGCCGUCUGCCGGCUCGAUCAAGUUUGGCCCGCUCUCGCUGUCUCCAGAGCAAAUCGCAGUUGGUAUCAUGUCAAACAUCAUAGUGUUUGUCCCCUCCCUGCUGAUCGUCUUCUUGUUCCGCAAGUCUCGUCCGAGGAAGCUCCGUAUGUCGAGGAUAGACAAGGCCAUGUCAGAAGCAAAAACUGAAGGUGGUGCAAAAAGCGGUCGCAGUGGAAACGAUACCGACGAAAAACCUGAAGAGUCUUCAAGUCGCAAGGGAUCACUUGCUAGCUCCAGUCAUGGUGAUACGUCAGCCAAAAACAAAAAGGUGAAAAAGCGAAGAUUCACUCUGCCAUGGUGGGGUGUGAUCAUCGGAUGGAUUUUAUGCAUCGUUUGUCUGUUUGGUUCCGCUUUCAUUGUCUACGCGUACGGUAUUACCUUUGGAAACGAGAAGGCGACUAAAUGGGUAACAUCACUGUUCAUUUCCCUCUUCUCUUCAAUUCUUCUGAUACAGCCACUGAAAGUCUUCUUGUCAGCUCUCGUCAUCUCCGCCAUUUUUAAGAACGUCGACCUUGACUCCGACGACGCCAACGAGGAUGAGCAGGACCCUCAGUUGGCACCUGAUGAAGAAUGGUUCGCGGCUGCCUCGGGAAAAACACGCACCACUGGAGGUGGAAGCAGUCCCUACGACAAAGAAACCCUCGAAAAAAUGCGCAAACAGCGGCUGAAAGAAAUUGAAAUGGGUGUAAUUGUCCGAGAGAUCAUUAGCUACUCAUUCUUCCUUUGGAUACUUUUUGUCCUGAGCUACGACAACAGGGAUCCCAACUCUUUUUACCUGCAAAAGAACCUGGAGAAUGCCUUUAUCAAAAUCGGAGACUACACCAACUUUCACAGGUGGUUAGACUUUUCGAGAGUAUCUAAUACUAGUGCAUUCUGGUACUGGUCGCAGAACGUCAUACUCCAAGAGCUGCGCGCACAGACUUGGUAUAACGGCAUAACCCCUGCAUACGGGCUACGAGGCUUCCUUGACGACCGAGUGAAUAGGAUUGUUGGCAGGGCAACGAUGCGACAAGUGCGCUCCCGCCCGGACACCUGCACAAUUCACAGUGGGAUGCGAAGCUUGAUUGGGGGCUGCCAGGGCUACACCAGCAUUGUGAGCGAAGAGACCAGCAGUUUCUGUGCCAACUGGACGCGACGGGGCAGCAGGGCUGAUUGCAACCGCGUGGAAUACCGCUAUUCGACCGGUAGCCAGCUCCAGGGUCUGCCUAUUGUCGCCAAACAGGACGUGUAUGGUGGAGGAGGCUACGUUUUCCAUUUCGCUGGAAGAACACCUGAUGUGCUGGAGAGAAUGGCACAGCUAGAACGAGAAAAUUGGAUAGACUCACUUACAAGAGCAGUGUUUGUGGAGUUUUCCGUUUACAACGCUCAAGCAAAUCUCUUCGGUGUCGCAACGAUCUACGUUGAGAUGACUCCUGGGGGUGGGAUGCAUCCUUGGUGGCGAUUUGACGGCAUUAGACUUUUGAAACAGGCCGGUUCACAAGCAUUCGUGAUUGUUUGCGAAAUUCUGUACUUUUUGUUUAUCUUUUACUUCAUCGUCCGAGAGGUUCGUCUGAUCCGCAAGAAAAGGAAAGAAUAUUUCAAACAAUACUCGGCGUACGCUGAGUGGGCCAUCAUACUUCUUUCUUUUACUGGCUUGAUUGUAUACAUCAUGCGCUUCAUUGAAACAGACAAAAUUUUGACCAUCUUCAAGGACACGAAUGGAGGCGGGUAUGUCCGACUGAAUUAUGCUCAGCUGCUUGACGAUCUCUACGGAUAUAUCAUCGGCAUCAUCGUGUUCAUCGCCACACUCAAGUUCAUCAAGCUUCUGCGCUUCAACAGGCGUAUUGGCAUGCUGUCAGCUACUCUCAAGCAGACCUGGAACGAUCUCACCGGCUUCUUUGCCAUCUUCACCAUCGCGAUCGGGUCGUUCGGUCUCCUGUUCAACCUUUUGUUGGUGGCUUACAUGGAUGACUUCAAAGACUUCCUUUCGGCGGUCGAGUCGUGUUUCGCCAUGAUGCUGAACAAGUUUGAAUUCAUGGAGAUGUACCGCAGCAGUUUCCUGGCAGCCAUGAUGUUCUUCUUGUUCGCCAUCUACAUGAACAUCAUAUUCGUCAACGUGCUGCUUACAAUCAUCCUGAAAGGCUUCGAACAGGUGAAGAAUGACGUCACAAAGCAGCCGAACGACUACGAGGUGGUCGACUUUGUCAUGCGUCGCUUUAAGAAGUUCCUUGGCAUUAACUCUGUGACUCCGCUGAAAGACAUCGUGACUGAGCAUCAGCGGGAGGAGCAGGAGAGCAAGGACGUUCGCCAGCUGCCCGACAAGGUCAGCACGUUCAUCGACCAGAUCAACCACACCUACUUCGACGGCAAGCUGGACCUCAACGACAAGAAGAUGCUGAAGAAGACGCUGCGACAGGCAAAGCACGAGCAGCGAGGCCGACCCAAGUCCAUGGAGGGCUUUCAGCGAGAUGACGACCACAUGACUGAAGAUCAGAAACAUUUGGAUGAGCUUUAGUUCGCUGCUAUGUAAAGACUGAAAUGCUUUUGCAUUAUCAGUUAGGUUAUUUUGAAGGCAGUUCUUUAGCAAUCGGAGGGAUAUGUGUUUACGAAGGAUGCUUGCACUUCUUGUGGCCUUGGUAUAGUUUAUUGGAAUUAUUUCCCUAUAGGAUGCAUUUAAAGCUGUAUUAUUUUAGGUAAACAUUUAAAGCAAAUGUGACCUCUUACCUGCAAAAUAAGUUCAACCAAGUGAUCGCACCCUGCUGACCUGGCUAGGAAUAUGACCAGAUACUGAUGACGCCUUGUAUGUAAUACCAUGACUGUUUUGAUGCUUCUGUUUCUGUGGUGAGUUGCAUGUAACCAGAGUGCAUUUUUGGAAUGUAAUUUAGUACAGGUAGACGACUUAUAUUGCUUAUCCGGUGUGGCAACAAAAAUGAUAAGUUAGGUAUCCUAUUCUGGUCUUUCGAAGUCUUUAAAGACUUCGAUGCGAUUGUCUUUAACUUUGUUGCAUUUGUGUGACCUGUCUCAGAAGCAGAUUAAUGAUAACCGUUCGUGUAGAGACAAGAAAAACAACUUAGUGUUUGUGUUUAUGUCAACCUUCACCUAAUUUAUUUUACUUCAUUGGACGGUAAUUAUAAGCUGAUCUUCGUCGUACUCGAGGCUGGACCACCUAUGCUUUGAUUAGGUAUAUGUCAAAAAUAUAGCAUACAAAAAGA